CUGAGCCGAAGGCAGACGCUUAACCAACUGAGCCACCCAGGCGUCCCUCUGCCACUGAUUUUAGAACUCUGGAAGCUGAAGCCUCCUCCAGUUGAACUUAGAGUAUUCUAUCGGGACUUUUCCUAGCUGCCUCCCUACUCCAGACACUGGAAAAUCAAGGCCUGUCUAUUCCAUCUUUGCUGAGACAGCAGUGCCUGCUAUUAAACUCACAUCAUGGGAUGAGACAGUGGUGGGAGCAUUGCUUCUGGGCAUUUCCCAGAAGUGGGGAAAACAGUGACUCAAACCCUAGGAUUUCUCCCUGGCCUGCCCUGGAAGCAGCCUGACCCAGGGCAAGAUUUUAAAUGCAGAUGAUUUCCCCCCCCAAACCACAGGUCAACAGGAUGGUCUUCAAAAUGGAAACAGGCUUCUAGCAAAGUGGACGGGUGAGUCCCAAACCAGUGUAACUUGCCGCACCUCUCCCUCGACUAGUUUUUCACUGGAUGUGGACACAGAGGUGGUUUCUGUUGUUUUCCACAGGGGAGCAGAGGACUACAGGUAAUGCCCCGGGCAGGGGCUCCGCUUGCUCCACCCUUGCUCCCAGCUCUCCCUUCUGCACUUAACCUGUGGCGCUUUCUCAUUCCCAUGGCAACAGGUCCCAGCGCUACACAGAUCCCAAACACAAUCUGUCCCUGUGUUUCUUUAUCCAUCAGCUUUGCCUCCUAGCAACUGGGAUUUCUGCCCCCAUUCUUUGCUUGCAUUCCAGCAGGCCUCCCCCUGGGGAGGAAGGGUGGCUCUCCCCCUGCAACUUCUCUUGUGUGACCUUGAGCAAGAACGUCCCUCUUUCUGGGCCUUGUGCCUCAUCUGCGUUAAGGAGAUUGGACCUUGAAGUUCUCAGCUCAAGGGUCUUCCUCCUAAGUCAUUUCUCUAAAUACAUGCCUCAAAGUCCCAAGUCGGGGGGCCUUUCGUGCCUCUGGUCUGUUUUUGAGAGUUACUCUAAAUUCUUUUUUAACGACCAGUGCUCAGAAAAUACCUGUUCCUUUCUGCAGAGCUUUAGAGUCAGGACCAUAGAGGUCACCUUGCCCACAUUCUCAUUUGGCCAGUGAGGACACAAGCGUUAGGGAAGGCUGGCUCAAGUCCACUGGUUUGUCAAUGGCAGAGGCAGGACAGUUCUCUUUCCAUCUGAGUACUCUGAGUACUUCGCCUUUUGGGUGAAUAAUUGACAGCUUUUUGCAGGGUUUUCUUGCAGCAAAUUUUCCAACCUUGUGUCUGUUGGGAACUGAGCUGAACAGCAGGGUAGCAAGGAAACUCCCUGACUCCAUCCAUCCACACACACCCAAGAGCAAAACCAGCACGAUCUUUCACAGACCUGGACCCGGCAGGGUCUGGGCCGAGCACCUCUGAGGGCCCCUGUCCUUCAUUGCUCUAGAGGCCGAAACAAGCACCUGAGCGGGAGGCAGCAGAAAGAGACCAGCCUUUACAGUCCAAGCCAAUUACUUAAUCGCCCCGAGCUUCAGUUUCCCCCUCUGUAAUCUGAGCAUAACAAUACCUACUCAGAGCUGUGUUGGGAACACACUAGGUAUGCAAAUGUCCAUGUCCCACAAACACCCCCACAUUUGCAGGACUGCGCCAUCAACAUUCACAGUCCCUUAGGGGGUGAUGCUCAGCCAACGUUUGGUUCCCCUAGCCUCUCAGGACGCUUGUGCCUUCUUUUCUCCUCCGAGCAACAUAUGAUGAAGGCUCAGGAAUGCAAAGUAUAGUGCUGCCCAAACCAGAGUUAGUGAAGUAGAGCCACAGAAGGGACGAUCCAAUCCAAGGGAUGAGCAUUUCUGAUUGCCUGAUAUUUAGCUUGGCCUGCCUCUUAGAGAUCACGGAAGGUGGUCUGGAAAGGAGCUGCAGUCUUCCAGGCUCCUAGAGACUAGGGGACAUCCAGAAACCAGGGGAUGAGGGUCAAGGCUAGGGGUGGCAGUGAACAAGGAUAGGAGGAGGAGGACGACUGACAGAUUUGGGUGGGGAAGAAGAGUUAGACCCUAAUGCACACCUCCUGCGCCGGCCCUGGGAACAAGGAAAAAGAAGGCAUUCUCGAUGAGAGGACAAGCCUGGGCACUUGUCUUUAGCAGGAAGGACACAGCAUGUUCCAGGGCCAGUGAAGAGGCUGGUCUGGCUGGAGUGGAAGUUUGAGCUAGAGAACUAGCAGGAGAGAAACCUAAGGAGCCGGGAGUCCCAGAAUGUUCUAGCCAAGCUCAGGCUGGCCUCGCCCUUCCUGGUGACAGAAGAGCCUGAGAGUCAAGGAGAGAGAAGGCUGUGUGGGGUCAGCAUGGGGGAGUUAGCGGGAGCCAUGCCGAAGCCCAAGAGAGCUAGACACCGCUGGAGCGCCCUAGUUCCCCUUGCCCAGAGGAUGGCCACGGACAACAGCAAGGCCAGAGAGAAGCUUCCAGCACAGCCUCUGGAAAACUGCUCUGUGCUCACAAAUGAAAAGGCAAAUAAUGUUUUAGUGUCAUUAUGGAAAUACUUUUGACCUCUCAAACCCUCUAAAAGCAGUCCCCAUCCAAGGGUCUGGGGAAAAAGUCUUGCCCCCCAUAUACAAGCAGCCCAGGGCUCCCCAGGGGAUGAAUGGAGAAGAACCAGGGGGUGAAGGGUCUCCCCUGAGUAUGAGGACAGUUGCGUGAGGACCACAGAAUCUAUCUCCUUUGUUUCUUCUCUCCCCUCUGGGUUCCUCACUUUGUCCCCCGCUCUUGCCAACAGGCCUCGGCCCCAGUGGAGGUUGAAAGAGGUGUGUCCUGCCAAGCACACACUUUGGAUUUCCCUAGCCCUAGAUUCCACUCUUGGCUCUGUAUCGCACCAGCUCUGUGACCCUGGGGAAGCCUCGGUGCUGUCAUUUGUGAGAUGGUUAUGCUCCCUCGUAGCGUGACCCAGGGAGGGAAACGACACGUAAGGCCUCUUGCCCAGGGCCUACUACGUAAUGUUCUGCAAAUGGUGGCCACGAAGAUGAUGCUGCCUCCCUCGUCCUGCCCUGCCCGACUCGGCCCGAGCAUGGCUAACGCAAGACAGGUUAACAAGCCCUUUGCUUUCUCCCUGAGGACAGCUGGGCCAGGCCGGAUUUUUCCAAGAGACUGUCGUCACGGAGGAAGAGGCAUGAAGUGGUCUAGUUUGCAGAGUGUGGGUUUUCUAUCCUGCGGCAGAUGGUACCAACUGCCAGGCUCCGCAGCCCAGUGGAGGGCCUGCCCAGGCCGACCCUGUCCAAGGACUCGGCCCCUCUUCCUCCCUCUGCUCUGCCCUUCCUCCGCAGGCCGGCAGGCCCCGGGCAGAGACAGCCCGCCCCUCCCGCUCCCCUAGUCACACCAGCACAGACAGAAGCAGCGCGUACGUACCAUGUGCUUCCUGGACUGGCUUAGCUCCGGGUCCUGGCCACACAGGUGCUCUCACAGGGGCCUCGCAAAGACCCGGGCUUGGCUAACGCCCCAGGCCCCGGAUGGGAGAACAGCUGCUUUUGUCCAGACCCCUCAGGGCUCCUAGGCCUAAAGCUGCCAAACCCUCACACCCAGCUUCCAAGGCCUUGGACAUGCCUGCCAUGGUCCUCCUUCCCUCCCAGCCCCCCUCGGGGACUCACUCAGUACUUGGGGUGAGGUGCGGAAAGGGGGUGUCCAGCUCCCCUGGUCACACACACACCCACCCCACGAGUGCCUAGUUUCCUCUGCGUGGUGUUCUCAACCAUGGCCUGUGCCUUUAAGGACUGCUGCCCUGAGCCAAGCCCUUGACCUUAGCAUCCUCAGCUGAGUUGGAUUAAGGGACCAUUUCAUGCCUUUGCGAAUUCCUUCUGGCUGCCUCCUUCCCCAGCACAGGGAGCAGCCAGUAGCCUGGACCAGUCGGCCAAGGGCAGUCUGAGAGUCGGUCUAGUCUGGCAACCCCUUCUCAAAGGGGACAGAGGCUACCCCUUUGAUAGGCAGUUUGGGAUCAGGGAGUGGGCCCUUGGCGGUCUUGGGCGACCACAAGGACUCCCAGAAAGCCAUGCAGAGCCUUGAGCCAUGAAGGAACGCUCAGAUACCAUCCUGUGCGUGGAGGCGACAGAACUGAGCAAGGUAAGGGUCACAGAGGACCGCUCUCCCUGCCUAGAGCCGGCCGUGCCCGAGGCACAUGCGAGCCAGACGGCGUGGCCGCUGGCCCUCAGCCCCCCAGUCUUUCCCUUUCAGACUGAGUUCUGCAAUCCUGCCUUUGAGCCUGAAUCGGGGUCACCGUGCCCUCCAGCGGCUUCUCGGGAGGACGCCGGCCGCAGCAUCCCGGCUCCCUGGCACGGUCGGCGCCCCCGAGGGCUGCAGCCCGACUGCCGCUUCUCCUGGCUGUGCGUCCUCCUGCUGGCCGGUGUGUUGGUCCUGCUGCUCGGGCUUCUGGCGGCCAUCAUUCUAGCCCAGUUGCCGGCUACACCACUGUCUGGGGCCUCCUAUCAGCCACUGCCUGCCCAAGGCCUGACCCCCAGUGGGACCACCACCCCCACCACCCCCUCCACCCCCACCACCUCUCCGGCAUCUGGGAACCCAAAAGGACAGCUGGAGGAGGCAGGCAUGAGCCCCUCACCCCAGCCCACCUGUGGGGGCCUCCUUCCUGGCCCAAGGGGCUUCUUCAGCAGCCCCAACUACCCAGACCCUUACCCACCCAACACCCACUGCGUGUGGCACAUCCAGGUGGCCGCAGACCAUGCAAUACAGCUCAAGAUCGAAGCGCUCAGCAUGGAGAGCGUGGCCUCCUGUCUUUUCGAUCGCUUGGAAAUCUCCCCUGAGCCUGAAGGCCCCCUCCUCAGAGUGUGUGGGAGGGCGCCUCCCCCCACACUCAACACCAACGCCAGCCGCCUCCGGGUGGCAUUCGUCUCUGACAGCAGCGUGCAAGGAUUUGGUUUCCACGCCUGGUACCAGGCUGUGACCCCCGGGAACGGGAGCUGCGCUCUCGCCGAGUUCCCCUGCGACCAGCUCGUCUGCCUGCUGCCUGACUCAGUGUGUGAUGGCUUUGCUGACUGUGCUGAUGGCAGCGACGAGACCAGCUGCAGUGCCAAGUUCCUGGGGUGCGGGGGGAAUCUGACUGGGCUCCAGGGCACUUUCUCUGCCCCCAGCGACCCGCAGAGGUACCCUCACCACCAGCUCUGCACCUGGCACAUCUCGGUGCCUGCAGGACACGGCCUAGAACUGCGGUUCCACAACUUCAGCCUGGAAGCUCAGGACGAGUGCAGGCUGGACUAUGUGGCGGUGUAUGAGACCAGCGACGCAGGGGCCCUUGGCCUCCUGGGCAGGUUCUGUGGAGCAGAGCCACCACCUCGCCUCAUCUCCUCGCACCAGCAGCUGGUGGUGCUCUUUAGGACAGACCGUGGCUUCAGCACCGGGGGCUUCUCUGCCACCUACCGGGCCCUCAAUGCCACAGAGAGCCUGCCCCAGGGCACCGCCAUGCCCCCUAUGCCUACAGAUCCCUGUGGGCCCGGAGAGUUCUCCUGCCGUGACGGAGGGUGUAAGAGCGUGCAGUGGACGUGUGACACGUGGAGUCGCUGCCUGGACAGCGGUGAUGACAGCUGCAGCAGCCCCUUGCUCCCACCCCCAGAGCUGGCUUGCGAGCCCGUCCAGGUGGAGAUGUGCAUCGGUCUGAGCUACAACGCCACGGCCUUCCCAAACGUCUGGGUGGGCAUAGCCACCCAGGAGGAGGUGAUGGAGAUCCUCAGAGGUUACAAGAGCCUGACAAGUCUGCCCUGCUACCAGAGUUUCCGGAGGCUCCUCUGCGGGCUGCUUGUGCCCCACUGCACCCCCAUAGGCAGUGUCCUUCCCCCCUGCCGCUCUGUCUGCCAGGAGGCUGAGCACCAGUGCCAGUCUGGCCUGGCUCUACUGGGUACCCCCUGGCCUUUCAACUGCAACAGGCUACCUGAGGCGGCUGGCCUGGAGGCUUGUGCCCAGCCCUGACCCUGAGGCAGGCC